UGUUGCUUCUCCUUGAGAACCCGGGAUAUGGCAGCGAUUCUCUGCGUCUUUUGCCUCUUUUUGGCGUUGACAUCCGCAGCAGCUUGGUCUGCGCCUUGGUUUUGCCAUGGCCAUGAAUGUCCGCCGUACGAGCUCAUUGGAGAAUAUGAGACUUUCGAGGAACGCUACUAUAACGCAAGCCGCUGGAUAAUGACUGGUAUUGAAAGUACGGCGUCAUCGGUCGUGUACGACGGUUUUAUGAAAUUGUACGGAUACACCGACGGAGAAAAUGAGAGAAGCCAGAAGAUCCCGAUGACUCUACCAGUCAUCGUGGCGACGUCUCAGUCUGACAAGGAGAAUGAUCGGUUAUCGAUCUCCUUUUACGUUCCUCCCAACCUCGACCUACCAGCACCCACUAACGCGGAUGUUGAGAGUCUGGACCGACCCGAAGGCAGGGUGUUUGUCAGGGCCUUUGGUGGAAUAGCCUCCGAGUCAGACUGGCUGGAGAACGUCAGUGAACUACGGGAAUACCUGCUGAAGGAAGGGAAGGAGUUUGACGCUAAGAACUAUGUUGCCGCUGGUUAUGAUCCUCCGUGGAAAUUAUUUUUCAGGCACAAUGAGGUCUGGAUCCCCGCAGUUUGAGUUCACUGAUAUUUGUUAAUGCCCCCGAAGCAGGGCUUGGUAACCCUGUUACUAUUUUAAUACCAUAUAAUAAUGCAGUUACUUGUUUUUCAGUAAAUGAUGUUCUUUCGCCGGGAUGCCCAUGCAUUUCUGUUGUCCUGUAUUACGAUAACUCCACCAAAUUAGACAUGAUAGCGGAAUGUCUUAUUUCAUGUUUCAUUUUCGUGUUAAUUUUUUAAAAGCCUCCUAUUCGCAGAUUGUUGCUUCAGACUCCUUUGCGGGAAAAUCUCCCUGCAAAAUAGUCACCUGCGAUUUAUAAGAUGAUUAUAUCCGAGAAACGACCUUAUAAUUUCAGCCGACAAACCAGUUUGAAGAAUGUUGUGUGGCACUUCCUCAUUCCAGGUCGACAAUUAAUUACCCGGAGGUCCGGCUGAAAUGGUACAAACUGUCUGUGCAGUAACACUUGUUCGGUUUGUUUAACAAGACAUUUGCUCAGAGAAAAUGCAGCAUGCAAUACAUUACAAUGGCGUGAUUAAAGGGUUUAAGAUGCGUAAAUAAAAAGCUGGGAUUUAUUGUGUGUUAUUAGCUCUAAAUGAGGUCUAAGAAAAUAAACAAAUAAAAUACAUAUUGUUUGUGGGUAAGUUUCUUUAAGAGGCCAUGUUUUAGCUUUGGGGAUCUUAGAAUUUCUGAUGUUCAUCAGAGAUGAUUAGGGUAAUCAACUCAUUUACUGGUUUAAAUCAGACAAAUCAAAACAAGGAUGAUGGGUAUUUACAGUAGGCUUUAGUUUGUUUUUAGGUCAGCAAGAUUUGCUUCACUAAGGAGAGUUUUCUGUUGCUCAAAUGAGACAAAAUGAACAAACAGAACCUAAUGAAUGUGUGCUAUGUGCUAGACGGACAUGACUGGAUAUUCAGAUAUGUUUGGUAUAAAUGUCGGUAUGUUGUGACAUGAGUUUAAUCAUAGCCACAUGUUAAUACCUUUGAUCAUUAUGUACUUAACAGAUGUUCAAGAAAUGCACAGAAGUGACAAAAUGAAUGAUUUGGAAGGUGAACUCUGUGUGUAAUUAAGUGUGUCACAUAAUCUUUGAAAUAAAACUCUGGAAAGAG